CAGUCCAGAAUCUUUGGCCAUAACGCGAGUAACUCGUGCUUCUUUCUAAUCCUGUAUUAUAUUCGAAGGACAAAAUAUAAAGAAAAAAAAAGAGAAAACUUGCGAAGAUAAUUAACACCGGUAUCCCAUGACAAGUAUAUCUUUUACGUUACCAAGAUGAGCGAGUCCGUAAAGGUAGCCGUGCGCUGCCGUCCAAUCUCGCAACGAGAAUUGCAACAAGGCUGUCGGAAUGUCGUUACGAUCGAUCCGUCGACCAAGAGCUGUACCUUGGAGGGCACGUCGAACGCCGGCGGAAAGGUCUACCAGUUUGAUGCUGCGUUUGGUGCAGAGUCGACAACGGAGUCCGUCUACGAGGAUGUUGGUUCCGUGGUGGUGGAGGCCGUUCUGGACGGUUACAACGGUACAGUCUUUGCCUAUGGGCAAACAGGCUGUGGAAAAUCCUACACGAUGCACGGCUUCAUCGAGCGCAGUCUCGAGCAUCUCUUCGAAGCGACCUCGACCUCGAGUUCGGAGACGAGGUACUUGGCACUUCUGAGCUACCUGGAGAUCUACAAUGAGCGACUGCGAGACCUACUGCAGGACAGUAGCGCCGAGAGCGAAGGGCUGCUACAGCUGAAGGAGGAUAGCUCAAGAGGAACCUACGUGGCAGGUGGUCUUCGCGAGGUCACCGUUAAGGAUGCUGCGGAAUGCGCUCGAUUGGUCGAGCAAGGAGAUCGACGUAGAGCAGCUGCGGCUACGAAGAUGAAUGCAGCCAGCUCUAGGAGUCACGCAGUCCUGACUCUUGCCCUUGAGGCUAUAGCGAUAAACGAGAAUGAUAAGCGUGGUAGCGCCGUUAGGAGAGGCAGACUUCACCUGGUGGAUCUUGCCGGAUCCGAGAGACAAGCUAGAACCGGAGCGACGGGUGAUCGAUUGAAGGAAGCUGCUAGUAUUAAUUUAAGUCUUUCUGCACUUGGCAAUGUCAUAAGUGCUUUGGCAGCGGGUAAUGGCAGACAUGUACCUUAUAGAGACAGUAAACUUACCAGACUGCUUAGAGACAGUCUUGGUGGCAAUGCCAGGACUCUUAUGAUAGCUUGUGUCAGUCCCUGCGACCUUGAUGCUGAUGAGACUCUCAGUACUCUCAGGUACGCAGCCAGGGCACGGUGUAUAAAGAAUAAACCUGUUGUUAACGAGGACCCAAAGGAUGCGCUGUUGAGACAGUACCAAUUGGAACUGCAGAGGUUACGCAAAUUAUUAGAGUCCAAUGACAAUCCUCGUGGUGGUCUUACGUUGUCGAAGGAUGAGGACGAUCGGGAAGGACGCUACGAGGACGAGGUUGAGAGGCUCAAGAGAGAGUGCGAGAACUCGACUUUAUCCGCACAGAAACUUCAAGAAGAGUUGUCCUUGCUGAGGUCUCGAUUCGAAGGAUCAGGAUUCACUGCAGAUGGAAGUAGCGGGGCUUGCCUGGAGACGGAGCGAAAAGGACAAGACGAGGAAUUGGAUUCAGAGCGCGAAGAGAAGAGACGAAAGAAACGCGAAAUAGCCAGGAAGGAGGUUAUGAGGAGACUCGAGAGACUCACGAUAGGUGGCGAAGCCAGAGGGGAUGCUGAGGCUAGAAGAAGACGAGAGAGGAGGAGAAAAAGAUUGGAAGCGCUAGCGGGAGCUUUGGAGGCUGGUGCUGCAGAAGGUAAUGGCGCGUUCGAGGUCUAUGGACAGUUGAAGUCUACGGAGGAUGCACUGAAGAGGAUGGCUAAAAGAGCGAAACAAUUGGAAGCUGAAGCGGCGGAUCUUCAGGCAUCUUGGGACGCGGAACGGAGAGAUCUUCUUCGAAGAGAACUUCUCGCCACUCAACUCUGCGAUGCCAUGAUUCCACAUCUGCGACCUGGCUGUCCGUUCCGCGAUAUUGCAGCAGUCCGAGCAGCAGCGACCUGGUGCGAUGAACUUGGUCGCUGGAGAAUUCCGGAUGUGACACCUCAUAUACCUCUGCCGCCACCUCCUUUACCAAGAGACACCAAUGGCUCGACUAAUAAUACCGAACUAGAUCACAAUAACAACAAUGAUACCGGUAACGAUGAUUCUGGAGAAAAUGAUAAAAAGGAAUUUAAAAAGCGCGACAUCGUGGAUACUUAUUUCCGCAGAAGUCGGAUAGACGCUCUUCUUGCUCAUGCACGGGAAGCCAAGACUAUUGAAACUGUGGGACGUCUGAGUAAAUCUGGUGGAUCGGACGAGAUCACAUCGAAUGGAAACAAUUACUCGCAGUUGAGUGCCUUAAAUUUACAAAGUAGCGCACCAGCCAUUCCUGACGGCAGUUACAGACCCCAACGGCAACAAUUUAGCCAAGGAUCUGGCUGGCUGGUCGAGGACAGUAUGUCAAAGCCCAACUCUUAUCCGGGCAUAACGACCCUGAGGAAGAACCCACCACGAAUACUCGAAGCACUGCCGUCUUAUCCGUUGGGCAGUAUUUCCCGGAUGCCGUCCCGUUUGUCGGAUGGCAAUUCUUCUUUGCAGCUGUCACACGACGAUAAUCCUCUGGUGUCUCAUACGUAUCAGACACAUCACGCACGCUCACCAACAUACUAAAAUCUGUGGAAUAAAAGGAAACGAGAAAUUGUAUUUGCCGGCUGUUAUCCAAUGGGUCAUGAUAACGGUCCUUGCCGUGGUCUACCAACUCUUAUUUCUCGAGUAAAAUAUAAUUACUUAAACGGUGUAUGAGAAUAACGCAUGUACAAGGUUUGCAUGAGUGCACGAAUUAUACUUGGACAGUGAACAAGUAUGUAUAGUAUAUACAUUGUAUAUCCUGUAUAUAAAAGUAAAUAUAUAUAUAUAUACACUUA